AUUCGCACUUUAAUAAAUGAACUUUUCAAUCAGUCUGAGAAUAGAGCAGUUGUAGUGUGAAAUAAGUUAGUUUACGGAAGAUAUGUUGCGCGCCAUAAAGUUAAUUAUGUGGAUUACAGGAUUCGUAUGUCUAAUGAACGAGAGAUUAAGUGCUUGUGUAUGCAAUAAAGAGGGAUCAGAUUAUUGCUCAAAUUGUACCGAGAGUAAGGUGAUUACACCCAAACAUCCGCUUACUAAUGAGCCUCCACAAGUGAACUUAUCGCCGGUUGGCGAUAACUGCUGGUGCAGUAAGCAAACAGUUGAGCCCGUUGUAUUAUCCGAAACCUGUUCAAAGCACAAAACAAAAACAUGCAAUUGCGAAAUUUCAGAUUCCAUUAUAAAUAGUCAUUUUGCUGAUUCAUCGCUUUAUUCGACGAGAUUAUCAACAAAUAGUCAAGACGAUUCGCCGUCCGCUGAUCCUGUCAGUGUUAGUUUAGCUAUAAAAGCUGGCCAAGCUCUAGCCGUGCCAGAAGCUAAGCUUUCGUAUGGUUUUAUUCAAAAACCCAUUGAAGCUCUGCCUAAAACUUUCUAUUCAUCCGUACAAGAGGAGAAUCUUUUCGCCCAUAAGAAUGAUGUCAUCACUUUACACAAAUCUUUGCCUAUAGAAGACGAAAGGCAAACUGACGAUUACUUUGAUAUCGACGACGAAAGGGAUGCUUUAGCAAAUGAUGGAUCGAAAGAUCUACGAUUAACUUACAAACAAUUGGGUUAUGUAACGGAAAGACUUCCAAAUCCAAAAUUUCAAAGGUUUUUUUCUUCGGCCUCUUCGUCUUCUUCUUCCUCAUCAUCUUCGGUCCAUGAUUCAAUUUAUUACGGAAGCAAAGAAAAUGGAAAGAAUUCGGCACACGACCUAGAUACGUAUCGAAAGUGAUAAAUACUCGAUUAUAAGAAAGAAUGUAAAAGCAAAGAGAG